AUGGAGGCAGCAGACAAAGACAAACCCCUCCCAGAAAUAUCCCCUUCUAAGGAUGAUUCGAAAACCGACAAUCACGACGAUGACAAAAUUACCUCCAAAGACAGCCACCCGGAAAAACCCGACGACCCCACGAAUCAAGAUUCAUCCAAAAAGCAUGAAGAAACUCAGGCCCCAUCUCCCCACAAACCACCUUCGGAUAACGAGCAGCCCAAAGCCGAAGCUGAUGACGAUCUGAAGAUCAAAGAUCCGAUAGAAAAAACAGACGACGAGAACCCGAAUCCCGAAGCAAAAGAAGAAAAGGAAGAAGGAAAGGAAGGAAAGGAAGAAGAAUCUUCCCCUCCCCCACCCCCUCUCGAUCCCAAAAAACUCUUUGAAGAAAUCGAUGAAUACAUCAUCACUUUAUCUGAAUCUUCCAAAGACAACAAAGAAACUGAACCAACCCCUCCUCCGGACGUCCCCCACGCAGUCCACCAAUUCGCAACCCUCGUCGAAGCCAGGGUCCGAGACUACGACUCGGUCGAGAGCCCCGUGAGGUGGGCCCGUCUCACAGAGGAAGACUCUUCCUCAUUCCUCGAGGUAGUCAACCGUCUCUCCUCCCUCUCGAACGCGCUUUCCCUUUUCUUGCAUGAGAAGAAAUACGCUGAUGCCCUCAACCACGCCGGGGACAUCCUCGAGCGCGUCAUGUCGUAUGUAGAGGAAGAAUUCAAAUUGCUUCUACAAAAUUACGAUUUCAACCACCACAAUGAGGCGAAGCCCAAGCAGCCGCCUUCUCUACCGGUGGAGGAAGUAGAGCCGGAGCAGGACUCGGGAGUCGUACCAGAUUCAAAUCUGGACCCGAUCGAGGAAAAAGAGAACACCUUUUUCCCCGGAUAUCCAGAAGAGACCCUAUCUCAUCUAAUCCAACUUUCGGAGGCAAUGAUUGGUGGCGGGCAUGAAGCCGAGUGUCGGCAGGCGUACCUUGUGGCAAGGCGCAACGCAUUGGAGGACGGACUCCACAAGCUCGGGAUGGAAAAGUACAGCAUAGAUGAGGUCCAGAAGAUGCAAUGGGAGAUGCUCGAGAGGGAGAUUGCUACUUGGAUCUCCACCCUCAAGCACUGCUCGGUCGUCCAUUUUCCCAGCGAGAAGAAUAUCUCAUCCACAAUCUUCUCUCGCCACCCUCUUCUGUCUGAGGCCCUGUUCUGCGCCCUGUCGCAGAGUAUAAUAAACCAGCUCCUCAACUUUGCAGGGGCUGUCGCCCUGACCAAACGCGCGACCGAGAAGCUUUUCAAGUUUCUCGACAUGUAUGAGGCCUUAAGGGACACCCUACCCGCAGUCGAAAGCCUAUUUCCAGAAGAGUCGGCCGACGAGAUCCGAACAGAGGGGUCAGUGAUAAGAAACCGGCUCGGUGAGGCCUCGAUCUCGAUCUUCAUCGAGCUGGAGGGCUCCAUCAAGUCAGACUCGGGGAAGACCCCUGUCCCAGGUGGGGCCGUCCACCCGCUGACCCGAUACACGAUGAACUACCUCAAGUACGCCUGUGAGUACCGCGAGACGUUGGAACAGGUGUUCCGCGAGCACCAGAAGAUCGAACGGGCGGACUCGUCCAACUUCAGUUACGACCCGUCUCAGGCCUCGCAAACCCAGGCGAGCAACGAGGCCUCGGAGAGGUCCCCGUUCCAGAACCAGAUGGCCAAAGUGAUGGAGCUCCUGGACGGGAACCUGGAGAGCAAGUCGAGGCUGUACAAGGACCACGCGCUGGGGUCGAUCUUCAUGAUGAACAACGGGCGGUACAUACUGCAGAAGGUGCGGGGGUCGGUGGAGAUCAACGGGGUUUUGGGGGACACGUGGUGCAGGAGGAGGUCUUCGGACCUGAGGCAGUACCACAAGGUGUACCAGAGGGAGACUUGGGGGAGGCUUCUUGGUUGGCUGCAUCCGGACGGGCUGACGUCAAACGGCAAGGUGGCGAAGCCGGUGCUCAAGGAAAGGUUCAAGAGCUUCAAUGCAAUGUUCGACGAGAUACAGCGGGCACAAGGGGGAUGGGUUGUGAGCGACGAGCAGCUGAGGUCGGAGCUGAGGGUGUCGAUAUCGAACAUGGUGGUGCCGGCGUACAGGUCGUUCCUCGGGAGGUAUAGCCAGGUGUUCACAGCCGGGAGGCAGACAGAGAAGUACGUCAAGUACCAGGCCGAGGACAUUGAGAAUAUCGUGGACGAGCUGUUUAAUGGGAAUGCAGCUCCCGUGGGGAAGAGGAAAACGUGA